CAGUCACGAUGCGACCGCGGUUCAUCCGAGAAUUUCUAUUUUUAAAACGCGCGCGACCACCGCACGACUGUCGUCGUCGUCGUCGCCGUUGUGUGCGCGUGACUCGUUUUUCGUGAAAUAUACGAUAAUUAUUAUUGUGGACUGACAGAGAGGCAAAUAAAUAAAAUAAACCAAACCAAACGGAUUAAACAACGACGAUUUAAUAACGACCGCAAAUCCGCAACACGUUUUGUACAUGUUAUUUUAUCGAUGGUGUAAUUAUAACGACAUAAUAUUAUUAAUAUCGUUAUUACGGCAUUUAUUAUCACGCCGUCGCGGCGGCGGAUUUGAGAUAUUAUCAUCGCGAUUUCCCGCCAGACGGUCCCGCGUUGUGACAAUACGGUUUUGGUUUUUCUUUUUUCGUCCAUCUAUUCAAUUCGUUUUGCUCGCCGUAAUUAUAUUUCAUAUUGUAUAAUACGCGCGCUGUCGUCAAUAUCACGCGCAGUUCUAAAAUAUUAGGCGCGUAUUUAUAACCCGUAUUAUACACAAUAUCGAACGUACAAUAUUCGCUUUAUUAAUAUCCACUCGGCGAUACGAUACUGAUACGGGGGAAAAAAAAAAAAUAAAAAUAAUAUUAAAAAAAAAAAAAAACCGUCCGAGUGCCGGUCGCCGAGCACGUUGGUCUGCAGCAGCAGCAGCUGACGGAGUAGGUAUCGCCCGUCGUCGGCCGUCGCAGAAUGAGAAUACAACAAGCCGAAGACACGAUGAUGUUCACCGGCAAUAGAAAGAGGAGCGUCAAUAACAAUUCGCAAAAAAAGCAGACGGACAACCGGUCCCGGGCCAACCAUCAUUCCGAGGUAAAACAUACAAAAAAAAAAAAAAAAAAAAAAACAAUAAUAAACGCGAAGACGGCAAUGUUGUGUAACAUUCGCGAAGUAGGUGCGAUAUUAUAAUAUUAGGACAGCGUUGGUCGCGCGUGCAUGGAAGUUUGGCGUUUUCGCGAUAUUAUUUAUAUAGGUUUUUUUUAAAAAUAUUUUAUUUUUUUUUCGCGCGUAGGUAUACACGUAUAUGUAUAUAUACAUACAUAUACAUACAAUAUAAUAAUAUUCUAAAAUAAAACGCGAACCGUCCGCGCGUAUACACACUAUUGGCGGGUUUACAUCUGCGCGCACGAGUCGCGUACCAUAACGUAGCGAGAGUUCGGCACCUACAAUAUAAUGGCGCAGAUUGUGUAUAGCUCAAGAGGACGUAUAUAUUGUACCUGUACAAUAAUAAACGUACAAUAAUUAUUGUGUUCGGCGCGAGAAUCGCGCACAAACAUAGUGCGACAAUCCGGAUUUAACUUCUUAUCUACCGCGUAGCCGAUAGCCCACCCCGGAAUCGGAGUUUGUCCCUCCCCCACCCCCGGUUAGAUGUGGAUGAAUUAAUAAUUUAGUAUUUAAAAUCUUAGAUAGUAUGAUAUAAAAAAAAAAAAAAAGUCAUCACUACAAUUUCAGCGAUGCCCCCUCCCCCACCCCUGGAAAAAUCGUCUGGAUUCCACAUCGCGUCCGUCGUUUUCUAGUACCAUUCUUCUUUACUACGAGUUCGCACCAAUAUUAUCGUCCGUAUCCUACGUCGGAUUCGGCCGGUCGGUGCGGACCGUAACGAUAAAUCAUCGGUAUUGUGUACAUAUGGGUACACCUAAUAUUAUCGGUUCGAAGGCGCGCUUUGCCGGCGACAACAACAACAACAACAGCAACAGUAGCGAAUAAUAGUAAUAAUAAUAAUAAUAAAAAACAAAUCUCGCGAAAUAAAAACACGGCCGCGGCGUCCAGUAUAAUAUCUGUAUAAUAUCCAGUAUAAUAAAUACUGUUAUUAUAUCAUGGGCGUCGCGAUUCGUCCGCGGGAUUCGGUAUCAUGUACCGGGGAAAACGACGACGGCGAUAGUAUCGAAUAUAAAAAAAAAAAAAAAAAAAAUACUCCAUAAUAUUAUGAUAUUCAUUACGAACUAUAACCGUGUCGUAAAUACGAUUAUUAUUUUUCGCGUAAAGAAAAAAAAAAAUAACUGCUAUAAUAAACGCCGCCGAGGCGUCGAUGAAAAUAUUCGGACGAUCCUCGGAUGAGCCGGCGGACCGAAAUAGAACGAAGACGAACGGAUAUACGCCGCCGCCGCGCCCACUUCGCGCUGCUGUUCGCCGCGCCGCCGUCCCGUAGUACGCCGGCGAACGCGUCAUUAAUAUUAUAAGGCGAUUGGGUACCGAUAUUUUUUCUUUCUCCGUCCAACUGUGUACGCGCCUACGCGUCAAUAUCGCGCGAUUUAGACCCGAAUUUCUUUCUGGCCACGCGAUCGCCGGCCAACCAUUACGACAUAACGGGUGCCGGGGCGCGGGUCGCGAACAGCGGCGGCGCGAAGGAGGUACAUUUGAAUCGAACGAUUCGCAAAAGAACACACCGGCGGGUGCCCUGGUGUUCAAAAAUAUAACGAAAGUUAUUGCGUUUUUACAAGACAAAGCGGCCAAUUUUUAGAAUGCAGGAAUUCGAUAAGUUCCAUUACAGACGCCCGAGGGAACUCGGUUUUUAUCCCGGGUUCGUAGAUUUUGGGAUGUUUUCGGUUGGGGCGACUGGGUGGAAGAUUUAAAUCGACGAUUCGACGUGAAAAUACUCUGUGCCGCCACUGCACCGGAAAAUAUUUAAUACGCCCGAAAACGUGUUCGAAUUGUCCGCCCGCGAUCUGCGCGAAGAAGAUUCCAGACAGGACACUGUUUUUAUUAUUUUCAAUUCGUUCCCCAAUGUACCAUGACGGAGUUGUUUACGGAAUUUUCGGAAAUCAAGGAACGAGAUAUUGGGGGGGGGNGGGGGGGGGGGGGGGGAAAGCGGCUCGAUCGAAUAUGUCGUCAUGUCGUCGUGUUGUACAUACGUAUAUGAGCUACAACCGUACAUUUCGAGGGUCUGCUAUUAAAGGAACGUAUCGGUCAAUUCCUAAAUUAAAACAUUAAACCUAUGCAAAAUAUAAUACGUCUGUUUAAUAUCAAUACUAUUUUGUUACUGUUGGUACGUUUAAUCAAAACAAAAUUAUGUCUAUCCAGUUUCAUUGGAGACACUUCGUUCUAAUACAAAUAAUUACUAUAAAAGUUGAAUAUUACCAGCCAAUAAUCAAAAUGUCAUUUUUGGUCGUUACGUUCCUUUGAUACUAGACUCUCGAUUUAUCAUAGGUACUUUAUGAUGAGUUCACGCGCUUUUUCACAAUACGUAUUAUUCGUUUGUCGUCGUUUCGUCGAUCGAUUGAAGGAAAAUCCGUUGAAUAAUCAGAGAAAGGACGUAUUAUCGUGGUGUGUCCGAUCGCCUUAAUGAGAAGUGGCUAUAAUGUAAUAGGACCGAUAACUACCGAAAAAGUAGGAUGUUUUCACAAGGUACAGGGAAAACGUUACGCGAUUGCCGCCGCCGUAGCAGCAAAACAGCAAGUGUUUUACUUAUCCGCUGUAUACGUAUAAUAUACAGCGUGAUCAUUUUACAUUGAUCCGUGACCAUAUUGUUAUAGUCAAUUUAUUAUAGCUAUAGGUACCAUCAUCCAUAAUUUCUAAAUUUUCAAAACCAUCAUGUCUUGGCCUUGCAUCCUCUGCGGUUGUUGCAGCACUGAUAAGCGGUAAAUUCAAUAUUAUAGGUUUAUGCAUAUUGUAUCAACAUUUUUAAAAAAAUAGUUUUUUUUUUUUUUCGAAACGGCGGUAAAAAAUGUGACUGGUGUAUUUGCCAUUUGGAUAUUAAAAGUUAAUUUCGUGGAUAAGUACUUAUUAAAGGUAUGAAAAAUAGGGAUACUAAUUUGAAAUCAGUGUUAAAAUUGCAAAUCUUAAAAAAUCCUCCAACAAUGAAAACAAGUUAAAACUACACAAAUUAAAUUUACCGAAAAUCCUUCGAAAAAAUCGACGGUUCACAGAAUCGUCCUUUGUAUAUAAUACCGGGUGGCGUGUAGAUAGGGUGGCAUGACGGGCAAUGAACAGCGGGCUCAUGACAUUUAGGUGCUUUAAAUCAGGGUCGAAUACAUUAUUUUAAGAGAACGGACAGAUGAAUAAAAAAAAAAAAAGGUGAUGACCCUUUUAGAAUCGGAGUGUAGCGAGGAAUGUAUUGGUUUUACAAUGAUGUUUAUUUUAUGUAUUUUUUAAUCUGUGAACAAUAUUUCUUUUAGAAAUCUUGCUCAAAUGUAUCAAGUGCAACAACCUUUUCUGAAAGGAAUUUUAUCUAUGUGAUACUUUAGAAUGGUCAUUUUUUGAUUCCAAGUGGUUUUCAUAAUAAUUGGGAUAAAACAGGAAAGUUUACGAAGUGUAUUACAUAUUUUCAAUUGUGCUUUUUUGCUGUAGGUAAUUUGAUUAAAUAAAAAUAUCUAUAAAGACUUGAAAUUUGGACAAAAUACUUGUACAUAAUAGCCUUUUACAGACGUGGUAAAACUUCAAAACAUUUGAGCAUUUUUUAACCAUUUAUCAAGCUAUUUAUAGACACAUACCAGUUACCAUACAUAUGUUUAUUAUAAAUUCUGAGUGUAGUGACUAACGAGAAAUACACCAAAUAUUAAGUUUGCUAUAAUGUGUGUUUUUUAUUUGUUGUGUCUGUAAACAGCUUUCCUACAUUCUAUAAAAAAUCGUGUUCAAAUCAAAAUAACGAAAAGGGAGUGUUUUGUAGUAUUUAAUAUCUAGUUCACUAGUUGGUGCAUUGGAGAGAAUUUUUUUUACUUAUACUUUUCUUUAUUUAGUCAAUUUUUUGAAACAUUUUGGUUAGUUUAGAACUAUUAGUUGGCAUUUAACAUUUUUAAAUUUGUUUUAGUUUUUAUCUGGUUUUCUGUUGAUAAAAUUGUUUGGCUAAACAGAUUAUAAGUUGUACUCAGUGGUUAAAAUAUAAAAGGAGCGUAACAGUUGUUUUUAUAAUACUUUUAAGUUCAAAAUUUGACGAAAAUCAUUUCAAAACAUGUAUAACUGAACCUUGCUCAGAAUCGUUUUUCGUUAGCAAUAUUUUAUCAUUACAUACAGAUAUAAAUUAAAUAACUGGCAAUCUAUCCUAGUAUCCUACCUUCUCAGCUUCCUACCUAUAACAGUGGCACACUGGCACACCCAUCAUUAGUAUCAGCUCUUUUUAAAAAUAUUAUUAUGAUAUUACUAAAAUAUUAUUUUUUCAUCCCUCGAACGUGUCAAUUUAGUUCAUCUAUAGUCUAUAAUUCAAAUUUUCGUCUAGAGUGUUUGUCAUUCAUCAAUAGUUUCAUAUUCUUAUAUAUUAUAGAUUACAUUAUAUAUAGAUACUUAACUUUCCCCACCUAUAUAUACGUAAUGGAAAAUUAUCAUUUACCAUGGUAAUAUGUUUACCUAAAACUGGUACAUGUACUUAAACAUAUUAUAUACAUAACAAUUAAUAUUAGAUAGAUACUAAAAGUUUUAGUUACUAGAGGUAGACUUUAUAGGUACCUAUACCUAGGUAUACAUAUUUUACACCACAUUAUACACCAAUAUAUCUCAAGAAAGUGUAAGGAAUAAUAACAUAUUAACUUUUUAUGUAGUGAAGGUUAAUCAAUUCUGUGUGUUUUAGAAUUUUAAAUCUGAAUUUUUAAUCACUUAGGUAAGUAGGUAUAGGUAAAUAAGUAGGUAAAUUCUAUACAUUGAUUAUAUAGACGUAUAAUUUGUAUAAUUAUAAUUUAAGUGUAAUUAUAAUUAAUAGUAUAAUUUAUUAAUCGUCAAGUAUAAUGUAGAUACUUACCUAUUCUUUUGAAAACGGACAGAAAUAUUUUCCCGAAUUAAUUUGUCUUGUAAAAAUAGUGGUUAUUAACCUUGUUUGCAACAGGUAUUUUUAAUAUUGCCUAUUUAUUUUGUUUUGUCACGCUCUGUAUAUCCAUGAGUAUCUGUUUAUACAUGUGUUUAACAUAACAUAAGUUUUAUUUUUCUUUAUCAACUUUGGGCUUAUUUAAAAAUAAAUAAUUAUGUAUGCCUAUUAAUAAGUGUUUUAUCAACAUCAUUUAAUUUUAAAAUCUAAGUUAAAAUUAAACAACUAAAACUAAACUUUUGUCUAUAUUCGAUAUAGAUACUACCUACCUACUCGUAUAAUACACCUAUCUAUUUUAUAAUUUUAAACUAACUUAUACAAUAGAUAAGUGUUUAAAAUAAACAAUGACGUUUAAAGGUUAGUUUUUUAUGUUGCACAUAUGUUAGACUAUAAAAUGCUGUGAAGUCCCUAAUCUGAUUUUGUUCAAACUAUAAAUAGGGUACCUACAAUUAUUUACUAAUGGUUUUAUUUAAAAUUAAUUAUUUUAAAAAAAUUUCAAUUUUAACAUAGUUUUACUAUACAUAUAAAUAUUUAUUAUUACCUAUGUAUAAAUAUAUACAAUAUUUUUGUAGGUAAACAAUUUGUUUUAAAUAUUACAAAGUACUUACUUUACAAGUAAUAGUUAAUUGUAUUUCAUUGAUUAAUUAUAAUUUUAUUUAUGAUAACUUGUAGAGCAAGGGUCGAAGUAAAGUACCACAAGGAUUACCUCCUACAAAUUUUAACCACAAUUUAGUUGAUCCAGAUAUACCUGAUAAUUGUAAGUAUAACAUUUUGUCAACAAUUCAAAAUGUAAAUAUUUUCAUCUUAAAUUCAAUUAACCUAGAAUAAAUAAUUAUGAAGCUCAAAUAAAUUUGAAUAUCAUCUAAAAACAAACUAGUUUAUUUUUAUUUGAAUUGCAUGGUAGUUUUUAUUGAAAUAUUAACAGAGAGUUUAAUUUUUAAUACCUACCUAUGCAAUGUAUCAUCAAUGCAAAUAAAGUAAAUAUUUACUUAAAACCUAAAUAUUGAGGUUUAAUGUGUCUUAUUUGUAUUGAAAAUAAAUAUUUAUAGUUAUAAAUUGUAAUUUUUUAUUAAAUAGUUUUUAGAUAUAACUUAAUAUUAUUUUUUGUGUUUACCAAUACUUUACUAGAUUUGUUUAUUGACUUUCAUUUUAUAGUCUAAAGGAUAUAUACCAAAACUUAAAGUCUGUCUGCUAUUGCUUUAGUUAAUAAAUUAAAAAUAUAUAUAUUAUAUAAUUUUACGACACAAUCAUUAAUGAAAAUAUACAGACAGAUAUUAUAAUUUAAUUUAUUGGUUAAAUGAAAAAUGUCCAUUCAUAUUUCUUAGUUUUAAAAUUCAGUAUUUUUAAUAAAUAUACAAUUUUUCACAAAAAUUAAAAUGCUAGUUAUAAUAUUUUAAUGACAUGUAUUUAUUGUUUUUGCCUUCAACUUUUUUAAUGUUGCUAAAAUUUAAUUUGAGUCUGAUAAGUAAUGAAGUUAAGAUUAUAAUUUGUACUGAGAAAACAAUUAUUAUUUGACUGAAAUAAUUAUUGAUUAGAAAAUCCUAGACUAGGGUCUUUUAAAGGGCCAAGUUUUGUAACACACAAAUUUAUUGAAUACAAUCUAUAUCAGUGGUUCCCAACCUCUUUUAUUCUGCGCUUCCUUUGUAAAUUUUCAAAAAUCCUGCCCCCCCCUCAAAAAGGGUCACCAAAAAAAGAUUAUCAAAAUAAAAAUUUGAAUUUUUAUAUAAAUUAAAGCCGCCCAGGCAACUGCUCCCUAUCAAAAUGUGAAAGGUACAAUUUAUAUAAUUUUGAACAUUUAAAUUUAAAGAUACCUAAAAAUUGUUUUAGAACUUAAAAAUAGUUUAAUGUGUGCUUUAAGUUAGAAUAAAAAAUUAUCUUCAAUUAAGUGUUUAACAAAAUAAUGUAUGAUACUUACUAUUUAUUCAAGUGUAUAUGAGAAUAUAUAUCAGAAUAAUAAAUUAUUUAUGUAUUUUUUAUAGUACAACAACAAGUUGAUAUAGCCAGAGGUCACGCAAUUACUCGGAGAAGAGGUGCUAUUAAACAUCAGAAAGUACAUAUUGUUAAGGGACAUAAGUUUUUAGCUAAAUUUUUUAGACAACCGACAUUUUGUGCAUUUUGUAAAGAUUUUCUAUGGUAAGAAAAAAAAAUCUAAAAGUAAUAUAGUAUUUAAACUGCAUAUUUGUUAUUUUAUUAAUAAUGUUACAGGGGUUUUGGAAAACAAGGAUAUCAAUGCCAAUGUAAGCACUCAAUGUUUGUAUAAAACAAUAUAAUAAUGUUAUAGGAUUAAUCAUUUUUUUCCUCUAAUAUAUAUAUAAUUUAUUAAAGUAGGUACUUUGUUUUAGCUUGUCAAACUGCUGUCCACAAAAAAUGUCACGACAAACUUCUGACACAGUGUCCAGGCACCGGGCGAGAUACCGAAAGCACAGUGGUGAGUCAAUCAAUCUACAAAUGAAAUUUGUAAAACUUUUAUUAUUCAUUGGUUUGACGAUAUUAUUACAAAAAGGUAAAUAAUUGUACUAUAAUAAUAUAUAUAUAUAUAUUAUUUUGGUACAAUUAUUUAUUAUGUAUAUACAGGACUUGAUUCAAAAUUUAUGUUAGUACGAUAAUAACAUGUAAAUGUAUUUAAAAUAGAGAAAAAUGUAUAAUAUAUAAUGUAUAAUAGUUUUUUCGGUUUAUAAACAUCUAAAUUAAUUUGUAAAUUUUUUUGUUUUUACUAUCUUUUUAUACAAGGAUUAACUUUUGAAAUUCAAAUUGAAACCUGUUGCCAAGAUAUUUCAUUUUUUAGUUUAGGUAGAGACAGAGUAGUGGAACACUAUAUGCUUGUGUAGUAGCACAGCAUGGAGCACGGUGUUUGAAUAAUUGUCCACUACUCUCCCCUACCUAAACUGAAAAAUGGAAUAUAUCAUUAACAGGUUGACAGAAACCAAACAUUUCAACACAAAAAUGUAUUUAAAAUAGUACUCCUUCUAUUUACGAUAUUUUGAUUAUUGGUUCCCAUUUGAAUUUUAAAAGUUGAUCCCUGAAACCCUAUAAAAAAGAAAGUAAAAGCAAAAAAAUUUACAAAUUAUUUUAAAUGUUUAUAAAUUGAAAAACUUUUGUAUUACAUUUUGAAUCAUUCCGUAUUUAUAUAACAUAAAGCUUUUUUUUUUCUGAUAUACUCUAAGUUGUACUAAGUAUUAUAGCUUAAGGACACUAAAUGGUUUAAUUAUAAAACAAAUACUAAUUUUUAUGAAAAAUUUAUCUUAAUAGAAAGAAAUCUUAAAAAUUCUCUUAUAGUUGACAUAUUUAGGUACAUUAAACACGUGUUGUCAUACUUUUGAAACGACUAUGACUAAAGAAAAAUAGAGUAAUAAACAUAAUAUCAUAAGUAUAAUAACACAUGGCUGAGAGUUGUUAAAUAUCAGACAACAAAUUAUGUUUAGACUUUUAUUGUUUAUUUAUCAAAAAUAUCUUGAAUAUACAAGUUGAAUUAUGUUAAUGAAUAAAUUACAACAUACAUUUUCUAUAUUAGAUAUCUAGGUACUGAGUUUGAUAAAAUAUAUAUAUAUUUUUAUCAAUCACUUUUAACUUAAGUAAUAUAUUCUAUUUAUUACUAGCUGUCUCCCAUGGCUUUAUCUGUGCACAGUAUUGAAUGAAAAUAAAUUUAAAAAUGUUUUUCCUCUUAACUCCUUUCCUCCUUGAAAGAUUAAAAAUAUGGUUGUCAUUGGCAACCAAUUUUAUUUAUUUUUUGUUAUUAUUAAGUUUUUAUUAUUUUAAUCUUUUUCAAACAAUCAUUGUUAUUGUUGUCAUGGAAACACGCAUUAUAAUUAUUUUACUAUACUAUGAUAUAUAUUGUUGGUUUAUCAUUGUUUACAGAUAUACAUUAAUUCCCAUUGGUAUCCUAUCUUCCCAAUUUACCACCUACAACAGUGGCUGUGUCCACGUGCAAAGUAUCCUAAAAUAAUUACAACAAUGUGCCUUUUCCAUAACAGCAAUGAUUGUUUAAAAAAGUUUAAAAUAAUAAAAACUUAAUUAUAACAAAAAAUAAACAAAAACGGUUGUUAAUGAUAUCCUUAUUUUUAAUCGUCCACCUUUUUUUAACUUAAAUAACUGGGUUUUCUUCAUUAUCUAAGGAUCCACCCAGAGAACAUUUUCUUUCAAAAAAGGUGCUAUACUUGAAAAUUAGAGUAAUCUUUCUGACAGAAAAAGUGUUUACAUAAAAACAAAAAUAAAAAUCUUUGUAAAACCAAUACAUUCUUCUAAACUCAGAAUCUAAAAAUAAUAACAAUGCAAAAUUUAAUGCGCUUUUUAUUUUUAAUAAUUUAUCAAACAUUUUUUGGUGCAAUAAAUAUUUUUAUAUUGUAAUAGUAAAUUUAAACUAUACGAUGCAGUAGCAAAUUUUCACAUCCAUUAUAAAUUUAAAACAAAUUUAUUGCAAAAAAAAAAUGGUUAAUGGGGGAGGAGGGGAGGGGAUAUUGGUAGAAUUUUUUUAAUAACUUGCUUCAGUUUAUGAUAUAAGGUAAUAUAGAUAAAUAAUAGUUAUUAACUAUAUUAUUGUAUAUAUAUUUAUAUUACUAUAUGUAGAUAUAGUAAUUUAUAUCUAAAUAUUAUUUAUUUAUUUAGUAACAAAACAGACCAAUUUACAAUGAACAUAAAAAAAUAUAACAUACAAUAAACUAAUUAUUGCAUAAUGGUAUAAUAACAAUUUCUUUUAUGAGAAACUGGGGUUAAGGUAAUCCAGGCGAGGAAGACGGAUCAUAGGAGCAUUUGAAUGGAAAUUAGACAAAAAAUGAGCGAUGUGGAAAGGGACAGAAGACUGUAUUAACACAAAGGGUUACCGGAUAUAGAAAGAAAUUUCUGUAAGUGAGGAAGUUCCUCUUCCUUAUUUAACUUAAUUGGAUAGGAGUUUGGAGAAUAAGAGAAUCUUUGCCAAGUGCCUAUGGGUCGGUUAGAAUAGACAUGCUCAACGCAAGUAAGACAGGAAAGUAAUCAUGGAGAGGGAUUCAAGAAAUGUUUAGACUAAAGUCGACUAUAUGGAAGAACUUCCUCUAGACCCAUUCAAUCAUAUGACUGAACCCUAAUAGAGGAUGGGAGAAAUAAUUGAACAGUAGAAAAUAAAUGAUAACAAAAAUACUUGUCUAUAAUUUAUAAAGUAUGAAGUAAUUUCUAGUUAAUAUAGGUACUUUAUAUAAGUGUAGUACAGUGGUUCUCAACGAAGACAAGAAUACUCCUGGGAAAUUAGAGAGGAACUGUGGGUAGGUAAACUUGUUUUGGAUAGUAGAGGGUGAUGUAAAUCAUACUAGAAUCUAGAAUAAUUUAACAAUAAAAUAUGAAUUAUGGGCUAUAACCUACAAGUCUAAAAUGAAAUAUAGCCCAUAAUUAAUAUUUUAUUGCUGAAUAUUUAAUAUUUUUAAAUUUACCUACAUUAUGAUAGUCAAAAAUACAUUUUAAUACAACACUUGAAAAAAUUUGGCUGGUGUAUUAUAGUAUAGUUUUUUAUCUUAUUUUUUAAUUUUGUUGUCCCAAAUGAAUGAAAGACUUACACAAUGAAUGAGCUUUGUAUAAAUUUAGUAUUUUAAAUAGCAUGUAAUUGUAUGUACCAACAAUUUAUUAAAAUAGAUACUGAUGAUGUUAUGUUAUUAAAUUUAUUUAGAAAAUAAUGACUAUAUAGAUAAUAUUUGUUUAACCAAUAGUAAAUUGAAAAUUAUCCUUUAUUACUGAUAUUAAAAAUAUAUUUUUUGAUAAUUGUUGCUCUAAUAAUUGAAAUUAUAUUGCAUUUGUUUUUUUACUAUUGCUCAUUUUCGUGAAUAAUAAUUACACUUAUUAUUAAACAUUCCUAAAACUGAUUAUUUUUAAACUGAAUUAUUUAUUUACAUUAAAGACACUGUAGUUUAGAACAAACUUUUGCAUAAAAUUAAAACUAACUUCAGCAUUUGUAGAAAAGGUCCUUAAAAUAUUAUACCGAAAAUAAUUAUAGCUGUUGUAUAUUAUUUAGAAAAAUACAUUAAUUUUAAGUAAUGAUGCUAUAUUUAAAUACUGAAUAGUUAAUUAUUUCUGAGUACCUAUUUAUUACUUCCAGAUAACAGAUAUACAUAAUAAACAAUUAUAUGUUUAUUCUAUUUAGUAGUUUUAAUCUUCUGCUGAGCUUGUAAUAUGUUGGAAAGCUUGGAAAAUCUAUGCAAUUUGAUUGAUACAAUUUGGUAGUUAAAUUGAUUUUAAAAAACAGCAUCCCAAACUUUUAUUUACAUACUAUCCUGGAUAUACAUGUUAAAAAUUAAAAUAUAUUAUUUCUAAUUUAUUAAAAUAUUUUAAUCUAAACACAGUUUGGUAGGUAUAUAAAUGAUAAAAGUAUUAUAAAAUUAUUAUGAUAUUUAAUAGGUAAUACAGUCAAUCUCAUUUCAUACAUAAUUAAUAAUAAGUUCUUAUUGAUUAAUGAAAUUAAAAGUUGUUUGUCCUGAGUUAGGUACUCAUUGAUUUAAAAAUACUUGAUUUUGUAAUUUAUAAUAAUUAUUAUUUUCCUAUUUAAAUUUGUAUAGAAUUCAAACCAUUUUUAUUUUUAUUUUUGAACAGUAUUGAAUAGGUAUAAAGUACUUACCUAAUAUAUAAUGGUUUUGUUUUAAUUCCACAAAUCCUCAUACCUGACAUUUUCAAGUUUGACCUUUUUAGCUUAGUUAAUUGAAUGUAUUUGACAAACGUUCUCUUCCUCUUCAAAUUCUUAUUCAAUCAAAUUAAUUCUUUGUCCUAACUCAGAAAUCUCUCUUUUCCUUCUCAACAUACCUAUUAUUCUGUUCCUUUUUAGAACCCUUAUAAUUCGUCUCUCUCAUUCUGAAAUAUUGACUCAUCUUUCUUAUCUUAUACAUUAUAUUAUUAUGUUAUCUUUUAAAUAAGACUCGGUCCUUUAUAUCAAAUAAAUUAUUUAUUUAUAAAUUUAAUUUGGGAUAAUAGUUUAUAUGUUAUACAAUCAAUAUCAACCGUAUUGAUUCCUUAAAGUUAAAAAAAACAGUUCAGGUAUUUUCAAAAUGUAUGAUGUAUAAAAGUGAAAAUAAAAGGGUGUUAACAAAUUAUGAAAAUGUGAAAAAGAGAUGAAAGGAUAUUAUUUUCUGAUAGUUAGUAGUUAGUUAGAAGUUAUAGAAUGAGGAUUAUCCAAGAGGGACGAUAGUGUUUUGUGAAACAAACGUCUGCAGAUAGGUUUAUUAGAAGGUGAGGUAUAAUUCUAAGCUUCCAAAAUUUUAUUUUUCGAUAUAAGAGUAAAUUUGGUGAAAUUUGGUGAUUAGCUCAACUUCUUCUUGUGCCGCAAAAGGGUUGAGACUAAAAGAAGGUAGUUUUAUAGGUUUUUGAAAAUUGUAGCAUUUACAUUAAAAUGUUUCAAACUUAAAACGUAAAAUAUUAAAAUAUCUUCACACAUUUUCUCGUAAAUUUAAAAACCAUUUAAAAUUAAAUAAAAAAUACUCCAUUAAAUACUUAAUGAAUUUUUUCAGUAAAUUAUAAAUUUAAUAAAAAUUUUGUUAAAAUAUUUUUAAAUUCUGAGUGUAACAAAGAAACUUAUUGUUUUACAAAGAGUUUUGUUAUUUUUUUCUGUAGACAACUUUUUUAUCAAAGAUCUGGCUUCGAUUUUUAAGUGUAGCAUCUUUUCUAAAAGUUGGGAAAAAUGGGAAAAUCAGAUCAAUAUUAAAUAAAUAUUAUAAAAGAAAAUAUAUAAUACCUAUUUAAUUAUUUUACCACAAUAUGACAUAUGUAUUUUUUUGUCAACUAAAUUUCUCUCAGAAUUGUUUUUUAAUUAUCAAUGGUUUAUCUUUGCCUACAGAUUUACAUUAAAUUACCUUCUAUAUCUACCUUCUCAACUUCCCACCUACAACAGUAACUGCACUCGUUCCCAUUAUCCUAGGACUGCUUUUUGUAAAUAUUUUAAUAUUUUAUAUUUAAUGUUUGGUACAUUUUUAUGUAAAUUUUACAGUUUUUUAUUAAAUUUUUAAAAAAUAGCCAAACUGCUCUCUAUGGUCAUUUUUCAACACUUUUAUGGUACAUGAAACGUUUGAGCCAUUAUUACUAAAAUAAAUUGCUUAUUUUGACAAGCAAAAUUGGAAAUGUUCGAUUUUAAUGCUUUUAAUUUUUUUUUCUUAAUCUAUAAAAUAAGGAUCACCCUAAUAUUAAUUUAUAGAUUUGCUGUAUUAUAAUUAUUUCUACAAUUAUUGGCAAGGAUUGUUCAGUUUAGCUGUUCAAUAUUUUUUUUUUUUCAAAAUAUUUUUUUGUACACGUAUUCCAUUCAACCAUUCGUCAAAUUUGUUUGUGUUUAUAAGCACAAUGUUGUUGGACUUAAGGUGAGGUUAGGUUAUGUUAGGUUAGGAUGAUAUUAUGAUAAUAGUUAUAGAUGUACUGGAAUUAAAUGAUUUUUGUAUUAUUUAGUUAAAAAAGAUAUUAGAAUUUUUACAAACUUUACAAUUUAUUGUUAACUAAAUUGUUUAUAAGUGAUGAAAAACUAAUAAAAAAAGUUCUUCAAAAUAUAUUAUCUUUUAUAAAAUGCCGGUAUAUACAAAAAAAUUAAUAAAUGCUUAUAAUUAAAAACAUUGAAUGGAUAUUUAUUUUAAUUUAUUACAGUACUUGAGAGAACGAUUCAAAAUAGAUGUACCACAUCGUUUCAAAGGAUACAACUUUAUGUCACCAACUUUUUGCGAUCAUUGUGGCUCACUUUUGUACGGGUUAUUCAAACAAGGUCUCAAAUGCGAAGGUAUGAUUUUUAUUGGUACAUAAUACACACAUUAUUAUAACUUAAAAAUUGUAAUCAAAAUGUUUGUUUUUAUUUACUUAAUAUUAGUUAUUUAUUUUGUGGCUAGCUCAAUUUAUGGGAAAGAUGUCGCUGUGGGUAUAUCGUAUGCAAUUUGUUUUUUUGGCAAAUAUUCAAUUGGAAACCAAGUUAAAUUUUAUAGAUCUUAUUCAGUUGUAUGUAACCAUUAUAAAAUUAAAUGCAAAUGCUUUUAUUAUUUCAUAAUUAGUUAAUACAAAUAUAUAAGGAAUUAUUUUAUACAUCACGAUUCAAUGUACAUUAUAAGUAAAUAAAUGACUAGGGUUAGAAUUAUUAUUGUUGAUUAUUACUAGAAAUUUAAUUGCGAAAAUAGUUCGCGUUCCGAUGUGCCAAGAAAAUGUUUUUAUAAUCGAUCCGGACUAAGUCAUUUUUAGCCUGACGUUUCGCCAAAUUUAAUUUUUUUUUUUAAAGCUAUCUUAUACUCUAUACCACGUAAAUUGUAUGUCGAUUAAAGAUUAAACAUGAUAGCGAUUUCAAACAAAAAUUCAAUCGUUCUUUAUUCACCAUCUUUUAACAUCUACCGCAGUAGUAGUAUUAUUACUGUUAUGUAUAUUGGAAGAUACCCAAUCUGUCAAUUCAACACAGCGUAAAUCUGACAUUACUCCAUUUUUUUCAGUUUAUAUGGCAUUUGGCAUAAACUAACAUUCCUUAUAGCCAAGUCUCAAAGUUCACAUUGUUUAGGUAAACGAUUAUUAAGAUUGUUUUGUGAGCAUCUGACAAAAGUGCAAAAUCAUAGUAUUAUCUAUUUAAUAAAAAUAACCUGUCCUUGAUAUCUUAUUUGAAAUAUUAACUAUUUAUACUACAAAUGUAUUAGAUAUUCAAAAUUUCAAAUUGGGAUGAAUAACAUUUUUUUUAAUCAAUAAUUUAAUUUGAAUUAAUUAAUAACAUGAAAGCAUAUUAUAUUAUCUUGCACGCUACGUAGACGUGUCAGUUUUUAGUAGUAGCCAAAUAUGAUCUAUUAAAAAUGUCGUAUGUAUUAAUAAGUGUCCAUUUUAUUAUGUUUGGUGCGUUUUUAAACGCUUUUCUUUUCAGGUGGGCGCUUUGGCAAAAAAUUUUUAUACUGAAUUCUUGCAAUAAUGCUUGGCAAUGAUAAUUUUUUUUUUCUAUAGUAUUAUCAGUUUUUGACCUUCGAGAAGUUAAAUACGCGGGUGUCAAAAUUUUUUGUAAGCAAUUUACAUUCAUAACUGGGUACCUACUUAUAAUAAUCGCUUUUCAUGCAUAACGUUAAUAAUUGCUCUUUGGUCCCAAAAAAAGAAGAAUUUUUAUAAUUGGUACACACUCAUUAACCUUGACUAAAAGUAGGUGAGACCGACUAUUUUUGCACGAUGCAGUGCUCCUUUAUUUUUGUUUAGUGUCAUUCAAAUUGUUGACAUGCGAUGAAUGAUGAGUUUAAUUUUAAGUUCCGAAGUCUUAGUGAACGGAUAUUGAACUUGUUUUUGUUAAAAAACUUAAGUUGCUUUAUAAUGAAUACACAAAAAAAAAAUAAUAUAGCUUUAACCGAUCUUUUAAAAUAAAGAUUUAUUUAGAAAAUAUACAUAAAUGUUCGAAAAAUAAAAUUGAAAAGGCAAUUUGGAGUACAUAUAUAAAUGAUAUUAAAAAGAUGAAACUUUUGAAGCUAAUUUUUGUCAUUUUAGAAAUAUAUAUGUACAUUUUGUGUCUUUAUGUUUUAAAUUUAUUUUGGCAGUUGUCCAAGCCGUUUAAUUCGCUUUCGGGGCUUGCCAAACGGUGCCAAAACAUCAGCUCAGCCGUAUGUUCCGUUGGGAAGCGCCCGUAGUCUUCAACGCGCAUUAAUAUCGCAUCAGUAUCGCGUUCAAAAUGUGCUUGAUAUUAUUUUUGAAAAUCAUCAAAGAUCUUAACUAACUCGGUUAGUAAACUAACAAUUUAAUUUAUAGUAAUGCAUUUUUGAUUAGAACUUAGCGUACUAAACAUAAUUUGCACGAUGCCGUUUUUUUCCGAUUACGGCUAUUAUCACGGGUCCGCUCCGUUUUCCUCUCAAUAUUACAGUCAGAUAUUACCUUACUCCGGAUCCAACAGUAGCCGACCUUUGUCCAGGAUACAGCCCAGAAACUAUAACUCGAUAAUAGUUGAACAGACACUGAGAGCCAUAAGACGAGGUCCCGGCGUGACGGCUGCUCGACAUUAUUCCCGGCCGGUGAAUAUAAACACAUCGGAAAUCGAUGUGACAUCGCCGCGACGACCGUCUCACCGUCCAUCCGGAACAGAAACAAUAAUCAAUGACAAGGACGAGGACAACACUGGUGGUAGCAUCCACCGUGGCCGUACAGUGGUCAGGUUGCACACGAAGAACAAGAAAACGACAAAAUCGCCUACAGACGAGCCGAAGGUAAUGAAUAUGGCCGAUUUGCCAGAAGUUCCAGAACUUCCCACGUUUGCGGCGCCAGUGUCUGAGGAAGGGUUAGCGAAAAAGGGUACCAUAAAACGCCAUAGAUCCGUAGGCAUCAAGGUACCAACGAAUGAUGACCGCCGGACAUCUGUGACCGACGAAAUAUUACGCGAGCAGGAAGCAUUGUUCGAUACGAUGAUUAUGGAGGAAAUGGAAGGGCAAAAGGAACGGCGUAAGAGCUAUCCAGUUGACAUGGAUGACAACAAAAUUCUCCAAAGGAACAGAGAGACAAGGAAAAAAUCGGCUGCCGCGGCACUGACUUUUGUCGGUGACCAUCCGGAAAAAACGACAAAGAAAACCAAUUGGAAAUUGAAUUAUGACGUGAUUAUCGAGGAGAGCGGGAUCGAACCGGUAAGUUUUACGUUUAAACUGAAUAAGGCGAAAAAAGAGAGCAAUAAUGUGGCUGUAGAUGUCGGCAGCGUAUGCAGUGAUAACGGUAAGCUUGACGCUAACCAUAACGUAGUAGUACUCGGGUCGCAUGAUGAUAAAAUAAACAACAACAAAAAGCAUGAAGUCAAAAUCACUAACAAAAAUCAGACUAAUAAAAUUGAUUCGGAUGAUGUUAGCAUGUCGGUGAAGAAGACGAAAGUGGUGAAGAAGAAAAUAGUCGUCAAGAAAAAAGUGAUAAAAAAGAAGGAGGCCGUUGCAGAGAAGCAGGAAGAGGAGCAGAAGUCCAACCGAUCACAAGGGAAACAAACGCCUUCGCCUGCUGGGUCGUCGUCGUCGAAGAAGAAAAAAGGUUCGAAGACGGAGGCGGCGGUGGCGACGGCUGCUGGGUCGUCGUCGUCGAAGAAGAAAAAAGGUUCGAAGACGGAGGCGGCGGUGGCAACGGCUGCUGUGAUAACUCCGUUUGUGCGGGCGUCCUUCGGCAAGACGUUCAUAUCGCCGUCACAAGUGAGCAAAACCAAGAGUAAAUUUGAAAAGCCCAAACCAAAACAGCCGGAAACGUCGACGACGACGCCUCCAUUAACGCCAUCGAUACCUCCGCGACCGCUGUCGAAAAAUGCGUCUCCGGCGUCGUCGUCCGAGGACGAGGACGAUGACGAGUCGAAUUCCGACAGCAGCAGCAGCAGUAGCAGCACGUACUUUUACUCGGACGAUUACGGUGAUAAGACAAUCGCAUGCAGUAUUUCCUCGUUCGAUUCCGGUUUGCCAUCCUCGCCCGUGCUCGCAACCGAUCCCAUAGGUAGACAAAGCCCGUUGAAAAUACUACUAACACGUCUAACACGGUAUACUACAGUAGUCGGAUGUGUUUUUCGCAUAAUAUUGCUCGGUUGUUUUCCUAUCGGAGACGCUUUUUUCUAAGCCGAAUGCAUUCAAAAUGGAUUUUCAUAGGUGUACUAUAUAGAUAGUAGAAUCUUAUAUUUCUAGAUAGGUAGGUAUCUAUAAAACGAGCUAGCCGCAAGGUAGAUAAUGUUAUAAUAUUAAAAUCGCAGUAAUUAUCAUUCACCCUUCACUGUAUAGCCACGUAAUAAACAAUGAUGUGGCACCUACAUAAUAUUAUUAUAAUAUAGGUAUACGUGUUGUAAUAUUGUGUACGUAUAUAUAGUUACGACCGAAUAAUAUUUUGUUGACGAUAAACGCGUUGUUGAUCGGUAAUUAGAGUGGGUUGUCUGUGUGGAUUAGAUUGUGACGUCAACUGUCAUAGGAAAUGCGAGAAGCUGAUGCCAAAUUUGUGCGGCGUCAAUCAAAAAUUGGUAGUCGAAGCACUAGCCACACUUAAACGAGGUAAUCAAAACCUAUAAUAUUAUCUGCGGGGACUAGAGAAAACAGUUCAUAAUAUUUUUAUUGUUAUUAUUAUACUUUCUUGUCCGUCUUUCGAGCUCGGGAAACAUGAACUUUUCACUCACUAUAUGUAUUGAUAGGAUGCCAUACCCGGCACCUGAUAGUUGCCUCUGCACGGCGUUUAAAAAAAAUGACGUUCAGCAAAACCAAUUUCAUGUUAUUAGUUUUAAUACCAAAGUGAAUUAUUGGCCUAUUAUAAAAGUAAAAGCUUAAUAAGAGCACAUCACUAUCUGUAUUUGUAGAUACGUUGGUAUUAGCAAUAUUUGGAUUAUUCCAUUUUCAAACAAGAUAUAAGGCUUUUAAAAUUGUGCUAUUUUAUAUACUCGUAUUUCGCUUAAAAAUUAAAAUAUUAAAAUAAAACGAACGAACUAAUUUUAAGGUGUUGCAACGAAUAGGAAAUUAUCCAUUUCCGACAAUUGAAAUUUUAUCGAAUAUAUUUAUAAGUAUAGUCCUAUGUCAUUACAAGUAUUUAUUGUGUAAUCGGGAGUUUAGAAAAAAAACGUUUACGGAGGAAACGGUAAAAAAAUAAUGGGACAGCUUGGCUGUAGACUUCAGUAACUAAUUUUUCAUCAUAAAAAAAAUAAUACAAUUUGUAUCCUACUACAACGUUACUUUUAGUUUUUAGAUAUCUCUGCGCACUAUUACGAAGUUAUUAGUUAUUUACUUUAUUAAAUUUUAAUUUUUUUUUUUUAUGUGUGAUAUCGAAAAACUACGUCGAAAAUUGUACUUCUCAAUGAGGUUUAUAGCCUGGGUUUUUUCCACGCAAAAAAGUUUUCACAGUCGAGGUAUCAGUGGUAUAAUAGUUAGAUUUUGCAGAAGGAGGGUGUUUUUUUAACUUUGAAAGCUCUUACAAACCUCCUAAAUAAAGCCUAAGGGAUACAAUAUUUGUAUGCAUGGCGUUAGUAUUAAAGAUGUGCCUUUUAGAGGUUUAAACUUUUACCACUCCCCCCUCCUCCUGUUGAGUUAUUUGUAGGAUUAAAUUUAUUUCACAAUUUUGUUAGAAGUAGUAUAUUAGUGCCCUUAUAGUAAAUUAGUAAAUACUAUUUAAUGUUAAAUUGUCUAUCGUUUUUAUUUUAGAGUAUUUCUAUAAUACAAAAUAUAUGGAGGAAAAGUAAAUUCUAGUAACAGCUCUACUGCUCUUAUGAAUUUUAUUAUUGUUCAAAUAUAAUUUAUCAACUAUAAUUUUGAAAAUCGGGAAAUCUCGGUAGGUCUUAUAAAUUAUUUUCAAAUCUAAUCCCCCCUCCGAAAUAUUAUCCUAUCUACGCCACUACUGAGGUUAAUUCACUAUGUUAUUGAAACUAACACAACAAAAUCGGUUCUGAUGAAUGCAAAUUUGGUAUAUGUUAUGCUGGUAUGAUGUCCUAUACAUAUUUUUGUUUUAAAUUAGCAUUAGCAUUUACCAAUAUAUAUUUACAACUGGAAAUACUCUCGACGAAUUUAUAAAAUAAUAUUAUAUUUAUAUGAUGUUGAAUUUAUAACAGUUUGUGUAUGUUUGGUUUUUUGUAACAUCGUUUUUUUUUUUUAAGAGCAAAACGAGGAACAUUAAUUUUACUGUAGUAAUAUAAUGUGUGCUUAUUUUUUUUUUUAACAACUUUACUACCUGAAUUCUUGCAUCGAUCAUCAUCUUCUGGGGCGAUUUUUGAUAGUAACAAUUUUCUGUAGUUUGUUACAUUGGGGAGGAUUUUAGUUUUCUUUACAAUUUUCCUAAUAAUAUAUUAGAAAAAAGAGUGUGCAAUUUACGGGUUUUUUUUUUUUUUGUUAUUCAGUUAAAAAUAAUUUUUAGAACCUGAAAUUUUCACAGAAUACUUAUAUUAACUGUUUCUUGACGCGAAACAAUUUUCAAAACAUUCUGGUAAAACAUCGAGCUAUAUUUAUAUGGCUCUUGACAUUUGAAUCUUUCGAGUUUUUUGGUACUUCAAUAUUCGUGCCACGAAACUUUGCUUAGAAUAGGUUUUAUUUUCUUUAUUGUAUAUUCAACAAUAAUGCACGUCGAAUGUGAUUUUACUUUUUGGUCAUUUUGUCUCCCAACCCAAACAAAACAAUCGUAUUUGAUCCGAACGCUGCAACGUGUAUACGUUUGCGAGUUUGUUGUUGACGGAAAAACUAACAACACUACUGGACUCCAAUAAUUUAUGAAAAUAAUUUAUAUUUAGUUUAGGUACUUAUAUGACACUGUGCAUUGGUCUAUGCGGUGUGUCAUAAAUCCUUCUGAAAUCGCAGUGCCGACGUCGUUAUAUUGGGGGCGUUGAUAUUUCUUUUUGGCAUUUGUCUCCCUGCAACGCUGUCGACCGUGUGCGUGUUAUAAAUAUAUAUAUACAAAAAAAAAAAUGUUUUAGAUGUGCACCUUCGUGUUUCGCUCGAAUAUCCGUGUUCAUAUAUAUAUAUGUACUAUAUAUUAGAAUAAAGUUACAACUUUCACCAAAAAUAACAUACCUGUAUGCCUAUUUUAAACAUAAUAUAGGUUAUAUUUGUCUGUAAUAUUGACCAUAAUAAUAAUAUGUAUACGUGCUCUAGAAAGUGACGUAGGUAUAAUCAAAAAAAAUCUCUGUCUUAUUUUUCAACUGAGUUUUUCAAUUAAUUACUGUACUACUUAUAUUUAUUGUAUUCAGUGACGUGCUCAGCAUUUUCAUAUGAGGAGGAGGGAUCUGAUUAUAGUUAUAGAUACAAAAUUGUAAAAUAUGUUUUCAAGUAGAUAUUUUUACGCAACAAUACUUAAUUUAUAACAAAUAAUACAAUAUUAUACGUCAUAGUUAGAAUGUAGAAUAAUUAUAAGUAAAUGAUUGAUACAAUGGUUUUAAAUGGAAAAUCCAAUAAUUGUCAAUCAAUAAAAAAAAUACAAUAAUUAUAGGAAAAUUAUAAAACAUAAACAUUUAUUUUAAAAAAAGGGUCAGGGAAGGAUAUAAUACGAGCUACUAGAAUCCCCUUUAUCACGUUCCUGGUCAUAUUUAAAAUAAAAUUAAUUUACCUACAUCACAGUAUUUGACUAUUUUUAGAUUAGAAUAUCUGUUUUGGUUUUACAAAGAUGUUAAUUUUUUUUAUACUGUAUAAAAAUUCUACCAAAAAUCAUACUCCGAUGUAUAGGAUGUAGACCCUUUUCUGAAAGGAAAUUUUCUUGGUUCAUUUUUUUAUUUUCCCAAGAAUUUUCCAGCAAAUGUAAAAUCCAGGAUAAAAAAGAGAAAACCGGGAAAAGCGUAAGAAAAAUGGGAAAAUCGAUACAAUAUUGAACAAAUAUUAUUAAAGAAAUAUAUAAUGCCUAUUUAAUUAUUUAUUAUUUUACUAUAAUAUGACAUAUAUAUAUAUAUUGUUGACAAAGUAUCACAAUCAACUGAACUUCCGCUCAAAAUCGUUUUUUCGUAAGCAAUGAUUUAUCGUUGCUUACAAAUAUACAUUAAGUUCCCCUGUGUAUCCUGCUUUGCGAACUUUCCACCUACAACAGUGGCUGCACCCACGUACGAAGUAUGUCGGUCUUUUUUAUUAUCUUGAUCAUAUACUUGAAUUAUAAUGAGUUUUUGGUCAAUUUUGUAUAAUUUUUAGUACAUGAAAAUUACAUUUUAAAAAUACAAUCACCUGUAUUUUAGACUAAAAAAUAAAGGAAACAAAUUUGCAUAAAACAAAAAAUCAAAUAUUGAUCUAAGUCUUAUUUUCUGGAACCAAAUAAAUAUGGAAAAAACUAUGGAGACUAAAUUUUAAAAAAGUUUAAAAAUAAUAAAAAAACAGAAUAGUUUGAUUAUUUUAGACAAAUAUCCAUUUUUCUUUUUUUUUGGGAAAUACUUAACUGAAAUUACGUAUCUUUCAAAUGUUCAUAAAUGAUUAUUGUAUAAAAAACAAAUUGAUAAUACUUUACUAGGUAAGGUGUUAUCUAAUGUUAUAAAUAUAAAUGUAAGCUGAUAUGUUUUUAGAUAUUAUUUUUCCUGGCGGACAGACUUUUAACCAGCACUAUAAUUAUCAUUCGAGUUAUUUUUACAAUGAAUCCAGAGUAUUGUUUUUUAGUUUUGUAAUUUAUUUAGAAUUCGUGGAGAUUAUUUUAAUAUUAUUAUGUUUAUAGGCGUUCGUUUUGAGAGUAGCUAUAACGUAGUCUUACACAUAAUCUAAUUUAGUUAUAACAAAAAAAUAAUUGAAAAUAAUAAAAACAUUAUUUUUGUAAAUUCAGUAAAAUCAACAAGUUUGAUUGUUUUUAAAUCGUUUUAAAGUGUUUGUUUACGUGACAAGUUUUAAUUUCAAAUUGUUUAACAUCAUCCUAUAAACAUACUAAAUUAUUAAAUUAGGUAUUAUUAUUUAAAAUGGCCAGUCUGUGUUGUCCUUAAAAGUUUUUGUCAUGGAUAUUAAUAUUAUUGGAUAAACAUUUUAGAUAAUGUCAGCUGUAACUCAAACUGACAAUGUUGCAAAUAUAAUUUAAAGAAAUUAAUAAUUGUUUAUGAUUGACCAACCAUUUUCAUUAUGCUGUUUGCAAUGAAAUCAUUUCCACAUUUUGUUCGAUUAUUUUAGUUUGAGUUUCUUGAGUUUUGGUCAAUGGCGUAGCCAGAGGACCGAGUAAAAGAUUAUAUCCCACCUUCUAUCCCUUUUUCGAAAUGUCUCAAGCAACGUUGUAAGUGUUAAUUAAUGGAAAAUUAACUUUUGUAAUGUGCAUAAUAAAAGGUUUGUAAAAUUAAACAACCCAUUGAAAUUUCCGAAAUUGUUUUCUGUAUUUUUAAUAAUUGAAAACGUGUUUUUUGAGAAUUAAACUGUAAAACCAAAAUAUAAAGGAUAAAGGAGAUAGGGAUAAAAUGUUGAAAAUUUUAAAACAUAUUUCAAUUAUUACCACUAUUUGGAAAUUCAGUAUCUUAUAAGGUACCUGCUGCAUGGAAAAAUCCGAAUAAGUACGAAAAAAUUUUCAAAAAAUGUACCAUUAGGUGCGAUUUCGCAUAUUAUAUUGAAAUAGUAUAUUGAUCAUAAACUGCACAAUAAUUAGGUACAUUGCACAUUUUGUAUUUGUUACUUUAAACUGUAUGUAAUAUUACACAUUAUUUUAGGCUCUGGUUCAUUAUAAACAUUAACCAACUUAUCCAGGUAUUUAUUAUAUAUUUGAAUUGACUAAUAAUAGUCAAUCUCGUCAUUGUCUAAAUUUACAACAUUGCCAGUGACGUUGGUAGCAUAUUGUAUAUAUAUAUUAUGGUCAAUAUUAUAAGAUACAUAGUUAUAGACGUACAUUGGUGAAAUUUCAGGCAGGGGGAGGGGUGCAAAAUACAAAAGAAAAUAUUAAAAUGUAUGCUAAGUGAAGGUUUAAAUAUAAAUUUAUUAAAAUUAUUAGUUCAUAUUAUUAGGUACGUAGGUACCUAUACAAAUAGAUAGAAAACAAAAAUAACAACACUAAUAAUAUAUUCGUGUAAUAUUAGAAAAUACUUGACGUAACAUUAUACUUAUUAUUAUCACAUAUCAAACAUCCGACUAAUGUCGAGAUUGUUAUUGUUUUUGUUACCGUCGCACGCGUACAUUUAGACUCGUCGUCGUCGUCGUCGGACACAGCGACAAAUUCGCAUCAGAUCGUCGGCGGCGGCGGGAAUGCGGACGGGGCCGAGCGGUCGGUUCGUUCCUACAGUUACCGGCACCAUUCGAGACCCAAACGGGUGGUGCCGCCGGCAACCAGCAUACCGCGUUUCCGAAAGUACGCCGUCGAGGACUUUAACUUCUUGAAAGUGCUAGGCAAAGGCAGCUUUGGAAAGGUACGGAGCGACGUAUUGUAAUACAGUAUAAUAUUAUAACAUAAUAUAUCGAACGCGUGUUUGUGUGUCUGCGUGUUUUGGGUUUGGUUCUAUCUGAGGAUCGAAUAAUAAAUACCGAGUUCUUGUAGAUUUUAGUUUAAAAAUGUCCGCAGAUAAAAUAUAUGCCUAUGUAUACCUAAUUAUUAACCAGGGCUUGCCGUCGGACUUCUAUGAAAAUUCCGUACACAUUAUCUAUAUUUACCGUCUUUUGCCGUCUGAAAAUGUACACGUAUCAAACAAGUAGCCAUCGUAUUAUGGGUCUCAUGUCUAUAGAUUAUUUGACCUUUAAAAUAACCCACGAAGUAUAUAACGUCUAUAUUAUAAUUAUAUGGCAUAAUAUUGCUGUACAGCAGGUACAUUUUAUAUAACUUUCUAUUGAAUUAUUGCAAUCAAUUGAAAAAAUAUAAAAUAUGUCGGCGCGACCCUGUAACGUCCGUUAACGUCCCUAUAACGCUUCCGUUGUUUGUUGGUUCCCGAACAACUCCCGUCGAAAAAGAUUUCACGAAUAAGUCGGUGUUCGUCAAUUGCGCCGAUUUUGGCACACUAUCCGUAUUAUAUAUUAUACCUAUUGCUCAUAUCCAAAAAACGUAUACUGAAAAGGUAUAGAUAUAAGAUAUAUUAAUUGCCCUGGAUCAUUUUUACCAUUGAUUACAGAAUAUUUUAUUCUAUUGAUUCUAUUCUAUUCUAUUGAUUCUAUUCUAUUCUAUGUUUUACUUAACAAAAAUAAACAUAAUUAAUUGUUACAAAUUGUUUGAAAUAUUGCUAUUUGUAUUGUAUUUGAACGCCGUUGCUACUUGCAGUGUCAAUUUUUACUUUUCUAAAAAAUAUAUUCAAAAAUGAACAAUAUAAAAAUAAGAAAAAUGCCUAGAUAUUAUAUAGAUGUUUAUUUACAUUUUUAUUUGUUUUUUGUACCCUUUAUUUUUGAUUUUUUUUUUCUCGACAAUAUUAAUUUUCACUUAUAUGAUUGUAGUGUUGAAUCAUUUUCAAAACUUCAUUAAGAACAAAAAUAUUUAGACGGAUGGGGGGGGGAGUAUAUAAAUAUUUCCCAAUUGCCGAAAACCGACGCACAAGGAUUUGUAUUUAUUUCACCUGAUAUAUUAGGUACCUACACGAUGCCCAAAGACACGGUGAAAAAAUUUAAAAAUUAUAACAAACUAUUCUAAUUUGCGUAAAUAACAUAAAAAUAUGUAUUACAUUCGAACAUCGAUCGGCGCAGUUGAUGUACCUAUACCUUUUAUUUUAUCCCAUCAUUUUUCUUUUUACCUACGAUUUCCGGCGAAAUUAAUAUAUCCCCAUAUAAGUUCCCUAAGGGCUCCGGUAUUCCAUAAUAAAAAGGCGGUUUCGAAAAUUCAAUAAAGGGUCGCCAAUAAUUUAAUACCAAAUAAAAAAACUGUAAAAGUAUUAGGUACUAUUAUGUAUGUAUAUUUCUCGUAAAAUUGUUUUGUACCGUUGGUGACGAUCGUAUGAUGCUGCAAAAUGUACCGCAGACAACGGCCGUGUCAUAUUUUAUUUUUCGCAAUAACAAGUUCUAUUAAAUGUAUUAAAAUUGUCAAAUGGCAUGAAGUUUGGAUUUUACGUUCCACGCAUUACCUACAUGGGUUAUUGUCAAACGAAUUUCAUCAGUAAUUGUAUUUAAUUUGUUUGGGAAUUGACAUACUUGUAAAAUAUAAUGGAGUCGUUUCGAAAAAAAAACGGGAGAUCAAUUUACAUCAGUACACACUUACAUCAAAUAACCAAAACAUAAUAAUAAAAAUAUCAUAAAUUAUUUUCAACCGGGUAGAAAUACCUAGAUAAGAUUAAAAAAAACUUGGGUAUACACCACGCAUCAGUGUAUUAUGAAACGAUUUUCGAUGUAGGUACCUACCCAAUAUAUUAUAUAAUAAAAGGUAUAUCCCAGAAGUCCCUUGCCACACUGAUUAUCUUCGUUUAAAAUUAAUACAUCCAAAUGCGAUUUUUUCAGCAGUAGAAUCUGUGAGAAAAUUACAAUUUAAUUGCUUGCAUUUAAAAAUUAAAAAAAAAAAAUUUUAGCAAUUAAAUUUUAAAAGUUUUUUCAAGAAAGCCAUUUUUUUUUUUUUUUUUUUUUUUUUUUUUUUUUUUUUUUUUUUUUGGUGAAAUUUUUUUAAAUAACUAAGAAUAAAAAUUUGGUGAAAAUUUACCAAGUUAGAGCAGAUUAAAUUUUUGAUUUCAUGAUAAUUACAAUUUAUAAUCGACAUUUAUUUCAACAAACGUGAAUCGUUUUUUGUUUUUGCUAAAAACCAUUAUUCCCAUGAAAUCAUUAAAUUAGAAUUUUCUCACAGACUACUGUUGAAAAACACCAUUUAGAUAUAUUGAUUUUCAACGAAAAUAAUCAGAGUGGAUUUUUUCUGAGACACAGUGUAUUGAAUAUUUUGGGUGAUAAGGGAACUUUUUAAAUACACACUUUAAGAUUAAUUACAGUUUUUCAAAACUUUCAUUGCACACAUGUUACUAAAAAUUGUUUUUGAAUACUAACUUAUUUCUGACAUCUUGAUCUACAAGUCGUAAUUUUUCAAGUGACCAUGUCUCAAUAAUUAUCUGACAUGAAAUAAUAUAAAGUUAUUUACAAAAUAUGGUUUUUUAAAGUAUUUAAAAUAGAAAGUGUAAUACUAAUUACUUUUUUUAUUUUUAAUAGUAACGUCUAUUUUUUAUAACUAGAUUCGAAACUGUUGCUUUAUAGUGAAUAGAUUUGUAAAGAUAAUCAUAAAAUAUCACAUACAUAAUUAAAAACAUCUUAAAUUUAAAAAAAAACAUACUUAUUUUUAACCAACUUUAGAUAGAUUUAUCUCUUUGAAUUUUGUAAUUUUUAAGAUAAAGAAAAAGAAUAUUAUUUAAUAAAGUUACUAUUAAAAAAAAACAGGACUCCCUAUUCAAAUCCAGUUAUCAAAAAUAGGCGUUACUAUUAAAAAAAUAAGUAAUUUAAAUUACACAGGCACGCACCAAAAUGGUCAAAAAAAAACUGAGAUUUAUCCUAAAGUGUGUAUUUCCCCUCUAUCAUUUCUCGAAAAUAGAAUUCAAAUCCAUGACCAUCUGGCCGAAAUAUUUAGUGUUAUUAUGUUUUUUGAUUUUACUUCUUUUAAAUAAUUAAAAUGUCUGUCGGUUCUAAUGCGUUGUUCUUUUCCUGUAGAAAAUUGCUUUGUUUAAAUUAUACUAGGAAAUCUAAUGUGCGUAUUUACGAUUUGUCUGUUGUUCAGGUACUGUUGGCCGAACUCAAAGGUACAGAUUAUUAUUACGCCGUCAAAUGUCUAAAAAAAGACGUGGUGCUAGAGGACGACGAUGUCGAGUGUACACUUAUCGAACGCAAAGUCCUUGCUCUGGGAACGAACCAUCCUUACUUAUGUCAUUUGUUUUGCACCUUUCAAACCGAGGUAAGUAAUAAUAUUAGUAAAAUCAUUGAUACAACAAUUUAUUACUAUAUUGUAUCAUAUCACUCUGUUGUACAUGAAAUUAGUUAAACAAAUAUUUUAGCAAUGGUGGAAAAGUUACUCAAUUUUAGUAGGUAACUGAAUAAGUUACUGUUACUUUUUUAUUUUGAUAGGUAUCAAGUGGCUAAGGUAACCAAUUAAAGUUACAAGAUACUAAAAAAAAAACUUUUUUUGUUUGUAGGUAUUAUUUAAUAUAUAUUUUGUAGUGCAAUAAUGCAAAUUUUUAAAUUAUUAUUUCUUAUCAAUAUGAAUUAAGAACACAUACAUGCAUCAAAUAAAGUACAAUCAUAUUAUAUUUCUUCAUAUUUAUAGAAGUGACUUAAGAUUUGUAAAAAUAACAAUAUAAAAUAAAUGCAUUACAAUAAUUGCCAAUAAAACAGAUUUAUUACAAAAGGUAGGUACCCAAUUUGGUAACUUUGGAACUAGUUACUUUUUUAAUGUUUAGCUUUGUCUUUUAAAAAUGAUCUACAGGGUAAAUGGCCACCUAGAUUCCCAAGAUCUAAAUGACAUCAGAAUUUAGAUGAUAGAGAUAUACAAACUACAGAGAUCUAGUUGUCAAAUGGAUGUAAGUAAAUGAAUUAAAUAUUCUCUUGUCAUUUAGAUCUUAAAGGGUUACUUAGUCCCACUGUCAACUAUAUCCCUAUGGGUAAUCUAAUUUUUUGUGAAUGAUUAUCUAGAUUCCCAAGAUCAAAAUGAUACAAUAAGGAUUAAAUGACAGUGGUGAUCUAGUUGACCAUAGGGGAUUUUGUUUGUUUAUUAAAACGUACUUGAUUUGCCAUUUUUCAUUUUAAUAUUAGUGUCUUUUUUGGUCAUUUUUCCUGCAAUAUUUCUAUGAGAUACUUUAUUUUUCUUGGCUUCUUUAUAUUCUUCUUUUAGUUUCUAGAUAUAUUUUUGUGAUUUAUUAAGUUGUUCCUUUAAUAAUUUUAUUUUAUUUUUUUUUCUUCUAAAUUAUGCAAAACACGCUUCAGUGAUAAGUUCUCUGUCAUUGGAAUCAGUUCAAUUUUUCAUUGUACACCUGUAAAGUGCUGUUUACAUUAAUUUUAACUAUCAACGUUUUUAAAUUCAACCAUGAUGAUUUAGUUAAGUUAACUACAGAGAUCUAGAUAAUCACAUGGGAGGGACAUAUAGGUUGUUUGUCACCAAUUUCAGCUGUAUACACCAAUUAUAAUAAGUAUAUAAUUGUUUUAUAAAGGCGCCUAGUUAUUAGGUAAAAUAUUAUCUAGUAAUAUUAUGCAUUAGGUACAUUGGUUUAUAGAUAUUUUUACUAUAAGGACAAAACAUAAGUUAUUGUUUGUGUACCUUUUUUCAUUUUUUACUGGGUACUUAGAAUAAAAACUAAAAUUAUAUUAUUUUUACUACAUUUAAGCAAUAGCUUAAGUAAAUUGUUUAUUUUACUGUUUGUUACUAUGUUAAUGUUUAUUUUUAAUCACUGUGAUUUUCCCUUUCUCUGUUCUGACUUGAACAUCUUUACAGCCAUCUACUCGUAAUGCCAUUGGAUAAAGAGUUUACACUAUACAUAUUAUUAUUAGUUAUAUACAUGAGGCUGUAUGGAGGUUGUUUUGCAUAAAUAAUCUCACCAGCUCAGGCAAGUGUCAUGCUUACUAUAGUUAUUAACUUUCUUUAUCUUUGUGUCUAACACAGGUUAGACUUUUAAACUAUCAUAAAAAUCAUAACUUAAGCUCUUGCAAAAAAAAAUCUUAAAUAACACCGUGAUUGUAUUUGAUGGAUAUUCCUAUAUUCCAUUAAGUUCUCCAUAACAUAAUGAUCUUUAUUGUGGACAGAGGCAAACAUUAGUUAUUUUAUCGUUAUAAAUAAUAAUAAUAAUACACUAUGACUAUAUACGCAUUAAAAAAAUAAUAAUAAUGGACAAUAUUUUUUCAUUCUAAAUAGAUCAAUAUAGUUAUGUUUUAUUGCUAAUUGCUGAAUAAUUUAUGACCUACUAAUAUAAUAUAGGUAUUUUAAUAAAUAAAUAAAAAACAUAAUCUAAAAUAAAAAUUAGAAGAAUUUAAAAUUUAUUUUUCAAAAAAAAAAAUAAAUAAUAAAAUUUAAGUGUAAUCCCAAUUCUGUUAGCUUUAUUUAUCUUCUUAUUUUAUGAACAAUAGUUUAAUUUAUAUUUUGCAACUUUAAAUUGUAAUAUUGUGAAUUGUUGAAUUUACAACACAUAGAAACUUGAAGUAUAAUUUGCCAUUUUAAAAUAUAUGUAAUGGAAUAUAUUUUUACUUUUUAUUUAUACUAAAAAUAUUGACCCAAUUUUACUUUAGGUUUUCAAAUAAUUGUAAAAAAUAAUAUUACUUUUCCUUAAAUUGUAUUUAAAUAUAUUUCUUAUAUUUAAAUAAAAUUUUGUACUUGAAUAAUAUUAACUUAACAUUAUUAAUAAUAAAUUGUAUUGUGUAGUAUUCAUAUAAAAUAUUUUCCUAUUUUAUGUUAUUUAAUUAGGUUUUCUUUCAUAAUUUAAAAUUACAGACAAUUAAUCCACCUGAUAAAUAAAACAAAAAUAUAAUUUAGUUCAAAUGACUUAAUAUUAAUAUUGUGUUGACUUAAAUAAACAAAAUUCAAAAUUUCAUGUUUUUUUGAUUAUUUGCCAAUUUUUAACAAAUUGAAGAUAUAUUGUUUUAACCGUAGCGUGACCACAAACCAGAAAUAAUUCAAAAAUGUUCACUCGAAAAAUUGUGUGGGUUUGCUAUGUCAAUAUUACUAUCAAAAUAGUUUAAUGUAUACCAUUAUUUAGGUAUUGUUUUUUUUUUAAAUAUAAAAAAUAAUAAUUCAAAUAAAACAAUGAUUAGACCUACUAAAUAAAAUACUAUAGGUAUAAUAUUAUUUUUAUUUACUAAACUUAUAAAUUAGUAAUUAUAAAUAAAAAAUAUGGUUAAUUUUUUAGUAAAAAAAAAAAUCAUUUUCAGUCGCAUUUGUUCUUUGUUAUGGAAUAUUUGAAUGGUGGUGACUUGAUGUUUCAUAUCCAACAAUCAGGACGGUUUGAUGAAGGCCGCUCACGAUUUUAUGCAUCUGAAAUAGUAUCUGGUCUCAAGUUUUUACACAAAAAAGGAAUUGUAUACAGGCAAGUUUUCAUAAAGACAUUACAAUAAUAUCUGCUAAUAAACAUUGUGUCACAAUCAAAAUUGUUAUAUUAUAUUGAUAAUAAUUAAUUAUUUAUAUUUGAAAUAGAGAUUUAAAACUGGACAACAUAUUAUUAGAUUUCAAUGGGCAUGUGAGAAUUGCUGAUUUCGGAAUGUGUAAACUACAGAUAUAUUUGGACAAAACAGCUGAUACAUUUUGCGGCACUCCUGAUUACAUGGCGCCAGAGGUAAAGUUUAUCCUAAUUUAUUGAUAUAUAUAUAAGGAGAUUUUUUUAAGCAUGCUCACCACAUUUUUAUAGUUCAAUUAUGUAUACUUUGAUUUUUGGAAAUUUCAAGUGUAAGGUGAUGAUUUUGAAUACUUUGAUUUUUCACAACAUGCAACAAUGAUAGUUUUUAAAAUUAGAACCUAUAUUUUAGAUUCUGAGCGGAGCGAGCAAUGUAUUGGUUUUACAAUACAAUGUUUAAUUAUUUUUUUUCCUGUGUCCAAUUUUUUUACCAACAAUUUUACUUAGAUUUUUAAGUAUAACACUAUUUCUGAAGGAAAUCUGACUGGGGUGGUACAUUAGAGAGGUCAUCAUUUAAUUAUAUAUAAUUGUGAAAAACUGGGAAAAACGUAGAAAAGAUGGAGCAAUUUACAAAAAAAAUUCCUUUUAUUUUAAAUUUUGAUGGAAAUAUUAUAUUUGCUUAUAUAUAGAUACCUUAUUAUAAUUACCGACUCAUAUCUAUUUAAAAUAUAUUUAAUAGAUUAUUAUACUAAAGUAUUUGAAUAAAGUAGAAUAAUUCAGAAACUUUCCAUUUAAAUUUUGAUUAUAAUAUGUUAACAUUUUCAGAAAAAUCAUCAAACUUACAAUUCGCUUUAAAACCUGUUGGUUCUCAUUUCUAAAACCUUAAUCGGUAUUGCCAUACAGUACGUUAAAUGUUGUGAAAAAUAUAAGUAUUCUAAAAUAUUAUCUUUAACUACACUGAAAAUUUGAAUACAUGUAUAAUUUAACCAUACAAAUUGGGUUAGUAUUUUCAAAAAAUUACUCUGUAUAUAUUUAUGUACAAUUUAAAUAUAGGUAUUUUCUGACCGACUGAGUUCAACUAUUUUACCAUGUAUUAAACGUUGUUUAAUUAGAUAAUCAAAGGUCAGAAAUACAAUCAAAGCGUAGACUGGUGGUCCUUUGGUAUUCUAUUAUACGAGAUGUUGGUUGGCAAAUCGCCAUUUAGCGGUUGUGACGAAGAUGCUUUGUUUUGGUCCAUAUGUAAUGAACAACCUCAGUAUCCACGAUACUUAUCAGUAGACUCAAAAUCUGUAUUAGUCGCUGUAAGUUCUCACAAUAACCAUAAUUAUUGAAUUUUUAUUUUAUUUUCAAAUUGUUAUUGUAUUGUGUUAUUUGAACUUAUAGUUUCUAGAAAAGGAUGCUACCAAACGACUAGGUUCAUUGGAAGCUAACCACUCGGCUGAAGAUGUAAUCAGACAUCCAUUCUUUAGUUCAAUGGACUGGUGUAAACUAGAGAGACGAGAACUUGAACCACCAUACAUGCCUAGAGUUGUAAGUGCUAGUGUUAUAAUAUUAUUCUGACAGUUGUAUUUAAUAAUUUUAAUAUUGGUUUUUAGUACCAUCCUUUGGAUACACACUAUUUUGAUAAGCACUUCACAAAAGAGAAACCAAGACUGACACCCGUGGAUAAAACCAUACUUCAGUCAAUGGAUCAGUCACAAUUUGAUGGGUUUACAUACACCAACCCAAAUGUUACAGAUUCAUGAGUCACUAAAUUACUAACAAUUUUGUAUAAAUAUAACCACAUCUUAUAAUUUUUAUAUUUUGUAUUUAUAUUUUAAUUAUUAUUAUUAUUAUUAUUUUUUUUUUUUUGUGUUUAACUAAGCCAUAGAGUCAUUCUAUGAAAUAAGCUCAGUCAGUACAAAUAAGAUUGAUAGAAAAUUUUAAAAAUGUGAUACGUAAACAUAAUGUAAUUCUCACCACUUUUUAAUUUGUGUUUAUUUUUUAUUUUUAUAACUAUUGAGAAUCACUGGAAGAAGAACUGCUACUAUCUGUUGACAUAACUUCAACAUCUUCAGCAACGUCUUUAGAAUGGUUUCUGGUAUCUAUAACUCCACUACCAACACCUAAAUGCAUAUCACCGGUUGAAUGCCAAGCAAAUGGUUGUGAAGUUUGGCGAUCUAAAAAAAAAAAUAAAAGUAUUUUUUAAGUAUCCAAGAUAAAAUAAUGCCUAUUAACAAAAAACAUCAUCUCAAUUAAAAUGAAAAUCACAUUAAUUAUAAUCAUAAAAUGUAAUUAGUUAAUAAAUAGCAAAUCUUCAUAAUCAUAUUUGACAUUUUUCUAUUAUGUAUAUAAAUUCUAUAAUAAUAUAUUUUAUACGUAAUAAUUACAAAUUCAUAAACAAAUAAGUAGUAUUAAGAAU